CCUGUAAAUAUAGAAAACAAAUACUCACUGAGGCGUCAAAACCUGCGGUAAUUUUCAAAAACUAUCGGUAGCUCUUUUGAGUGCAACAAACUGACUUGAAGUAGGUUAUGGAGUGUUGAAAUGAUUCAUGUUUGCCAGUUUAUUCCUUAUAAGGUAUGAUUUUGAAAGUUUAUGUAAGGUUGCCAAUUACGCAUUUCUCGGACGCAGAUGUUCAGUUCUUGAUCAGAUCUCUCCAAUAUCAAUAUACAAAGAUGUAUCUCUACGAACCUCCCAGUAAAUUAACCCUAACUUCUGUAGAAGAGUUCCAGGAGGCUUUCCAGCUGUUCGAUAACCGCGGGGAUGGAAAAAUUCACGUUGCCCAGAUCGGAGACGCCCUGAGGGCAUUGGGUCAAAACCCAACCGAAUCGGAUGUAAAAAAGUACACCCACCAGCACAAACCUGAUGAGAGGGUGUCUUUUGAAGUGUUCCUGCCCAUUUACCAGCAAAUCUCAAAGACAAGGAGCGGCGAUACAUAUCAAGACUUCAUUGAAGGUUUGCGCCAUUUCGACAAAGACGGCAAUGGUUACAUCAGUUCUGCAGAGCUGCGCCACCUUUUAACUACUCUCGGAGAAAAAUUAACUGAUGAUGAGGUGGAACAGCUUCUUCAAGGCCAGGAAGAUUCCCAAGGUAAUGUUAACUAUGAAGAAUUCGUCAAGCUGAUCAUGUCAGGGUAGAUGUUUUUAGUGCAACGUCUUUGGCCUGUUGCAGAGACGAUUUUUCGACACUUUUAGGAGUACUUAUUAAGAGAUAAGUGAUUUUUACCAUCGAGUGCAUUAUACAUUUAGGUUGUAGUGUUGUUCUUGCAACAGGCUGUGUUGGAGCAUUUCUUGUAACUUAUUCACCUAAUUAUUUCUACAAAGUUGGUUACUUUUAUAUUUUAUAUUUAAAGACUCCAUUCCAAUUUUAUACCCUGUUUACUAAUCAGUUUUUGGCAUCGUAAUGUUAUAGUCAUUAUUCUGUAAGUUAAUAAAAUUUUUAUAUAAGGGAG